CCUCCUUAAAUCACCAUGCCAUGUUGUCGAACGGUGGGAGAACGGAUGAAGUCAUGCUGGUCAUCCGUUGUCUUCAUGUUUCUGUGGCUGCUAGGAAAAUCUCGGCCAGAAGAACCCAAGGUUCUGAGGCAUCAGUUCAAGCUCUACGCCUUUCGUCGUCCUCACACAUGCUAUGUGUGUAAGCAGCUCGUCUGUAACCAGGGGUCAGCCUGUCAAGUCUGUCGCUAUAUUUGUCACAGGAAAUGUGAGCCACAGGUGGUGACUACAUGCGUUCCUCAGGUCAGCAAUGAACUGAGCAAUGACACACUAACAAGACAACAGGCAACCACUUCUCCACCGAUAUCCUCUCCUGGUUCAAAGGGAAUCAUGUCCUCUCUCAGAGAUAUGAUCAACAGGGGCCAGGACCAGGGUGAAAACCACAUGGCUCUGGACCUAACCUACAUCACCGAGAGGAUCAUUUCUAUGGCCUUCAUCGCUGAAGGUCACGACACAACAUACCGCGCCAACCUCAAAGAGGUCAUACAGAUGUUGAUGGCUAGACAUGGCGACAACUCACUGAUCCUGAACAUCUCUGAGAAGCGCCAGGACCUGGCCCGCCUCCACGCCAGAGUGCUGCGGGACUGUGGCUGGCCCGACCAUGUUGCCCCUCCCCUCGAGCGUCUCUGCAGUAUAUGCAAGUCUAUCGACUCCUGGCUCAACUCAGACCCCAUGCAUGUCGUGGUCAUUCACUGUAAGGGUGGCAAGGGGCGGAUGGCAAACGUCAUUGCAGCCUACAUGCACUACAGCAACAUCUGUGCCAGUGCUGACCAGGCCCUCGAUAGAUUUGCAAUGAAGAGAUUCUACGAUGAUAAACUGGGCGGCCUCCCUCAACCCUCUCAGAGGAGGUAUGUACACUACUUCGCAGGAUUACUAUCAGGCGCUAUCAAGAUCAACAGCAAUGCCCUCUACCUGCAUCACAUCUUGAUCCACGGCGUCCCCAACUUUGACACCAGCGGUGGGUGUCGGCCGUACAUCAAGGUGUACCAGGGCAUGCAGCCCAUCUUCACAUCAGGAGUAUACAAUGUGACAGACAACAUGCAAAAGGUUUGCAUCUCGAUAUCACCUGGCAUCCCCCUGCGAGGUGACAUCUUGAUGAAGUGCUACCACAAGAAGACCCGCAGAGGACAACGCGAGAUGAUCUGGAGGUGUCAGUUCCACACGUGUGCCAUCUCCGACUACAACCUUGUCUUCACCAAGCAGGAGCUGGACGAUGCAAUCAAUGAUCCACGGUUCCCCGACUCAGGAAAAGUAGAAUUUGUGUUUGGUCCACGGUCCGAUGGUUUGGUUUCAGUCUCAGGGUUUAAAUCUGAUGUGACAGUGCCAGUGGAUGAUGGCGAAGACAACCUAAUCCGUUCAGACAGCUACGAGAACUUCCGCAAGGUCAUCGAUGACACUGAUAUUAAUGAAAACGGAAUACCACCCGAAGGAAUAAGCAAAGUUCGUGUGUCAAAGGUCGAGCACGAGCAGGGCCCAAUAGAUGGAAGUUUGUAUGCCACGGUAAACAAGAAACGAAUCGAGAACCAAUCCACCUCAUCCUCCGUGCUUCAUAAUGGACCCAUGCAAAAUGGUUCCUUGACAUCCAGCCUCGACUCUGGUAUUUCCACAUCCUCUGAUCUCCAUGCAACAACUGUCAAUCAAAGCCAUCAAAGCCACCAAAGCCAUUCGCAGUACAACUCGAAUGUGAACGAAGUGAUUUCCCCAAGUUACAGGUCAGGUGUGCAGUCUUCUAAGACAAGUUACGGAUCAAGCACAAUGCCCAAGCAAACAGUGAAAGCAUUAGACGAGCGUACACAGCUAGAUGAACUAUUAAGUGACCUGUUACAGGAUCAGGUAUUUGUAUCCUCCAGUCCAACAAGUCCGAAAGAUGCCAGUGCUUCAACCAUUACCACAACAACACGAACAUUCACUACAUAUAAUACAAUAGACUCUAAUCAGCGAAGUCCAAAUCAGAAUGUUUCUAUUCAGAGAGCGGAAGUGACUUACAAAGUUCCUGGAGCCAAGGAGGAGAAGCACCAUACGAUCACAGCUGGUGGUGAACAGGACAUCCGCAAACCUGGGGUUCCUAAAAAUGCAUUUUCAUACACUGCUACCUCCCCAACAAAUGAGGGGAAAACUGUGCAACCUUUAGAAAAAGACCUAAUCCGAAAUGCGGAAAAUAUGCCCAGAAUGCAAAGUCCUCCUGGACGUGUUCAUACUCUGCCAUAUAGGACUGAUUAUGAGAAUAAGUACAAUGAAUAUUCCUAUCACACGUUAGAUGGUUCAAGUUUGCAGCAGCGGGAGGUUGAUAACGCAUCGUGGCUUCAGCAGCAGCAAGAGAAGCUCAGGGCAAAGAAGGAAGUUCGGUCUCCUCAAGAGAGGCAGCUUGUGUCUGAGCUGCGUUCUGCCCAGAACAAGUACUAUACACGGCGCACACAGAACGAAGCUGAGGAGCAGGCUGUGAUGGAAACUUACAAAACACCUGUAGCCAAUGGCCCAGUUUCACCUACAAAUGUCCAAUCGUACAACCCCCCUCAGCGAAGUCAUAGCCACGAUGGUUUCUGGCCAAAUGACACUCAACCAUACAAUAUGCGCCAGCAGAUGUCGCCUACAGAUAACCAUUUCAACACAUACUCUCAGUCUUACUCAGAAUCACGUCAGUCUUACAACCGUAGCGUAUCUAACAAACCACCCCCUUCCCCAACGCUUCAGAGGUCUAUGAUUUCAGCACCCCCAGUAACCCCUCCAGUUCGAACCAGUAGCAAGGAAUUUAUGAGAUCUCGAUCCAACAGCAGCAGCAGCUGGCAACCCCAGCAGCAGCAGCAGCAGCAGCAGCGUCCUCUGCAGCGUCAGGCAUCAGAGACACUCUAUGACCGGGACUUUGCUCCUCAAUCAAUCCCUCGUUCAUACAGUGCCAGUCAUUCACCAAGAGCGUUGUCGCCAGAGGAGCUUGGUCUUCAGCAGGCAUCCUUCACGACAUACCGCACCAUCAAGCACAUACACCAGGAUGAUGAUAGCAUGACCAGGCAGCAACAGCCUCCAGUUCAGAAGGCGCCAGAGCCUGUUGCUCCUCAAACACAACAACAUUAUGUUACUGAGGUCUUUGUCCACCGGGGACCAAGUGCAGUUAGCCAGACACAAGAGAAAGUAUCCAAGGACAAAAUCGAUGGCAUCAGUACCGCAUCUCGCCUUGAGGAACUGGAACGGUCCCUCAUGGCUGCUGAGGAGUCCAUUAAGGCAUCGGUACCACAGCAGUUCUCACAGCAGAAACAGGACGAGGUAUUUGUGCGGCAUGAGACGCGACAGAUGGAAUCCCAAAGCAGCAGCCAGAUCAAUAGGACGGAACAAGGGCCACCUCCAAAACAGGUCCGAGAGGUGGAAGAGGACAGGAUCAUGCUCCGCCCCAUUGGGCCUGGAGUGCAGACUCUGGAGCCAGAAAGCCACACCGGAACUCUGGGACGACCCACCACACCCGGCUUUCCAACAUCACCAGUUACCCCUCCAUUCCCAGUUUCACCAAGGACUCCUUAUUCAAAUUCAGGUGGCCUUGUCAGCCCUACCGGAACUCUUAGCCAUCAGCAAAUACACUCGAUGACCCAACAACAUCAGCAACAGCAGCUACAACAGCAGCAACAACAACAACAACAGUUCCAGUUGCAGCAACAACAGCAGCAGCAGCAGCAACAGCAACAGAUGCAACAGCAGCAUUUCCAAAAUGUGCAAAGUCAGCAGUUUCAGCAGCACCAGCAGUUCUCGAACACCAAUGAUGGGACUCUGAAGAUCGAUACCAGUCCUCACAUGCUUAUCUCCCCUCGAAGCCCCUCUUCAGCUGGGAGCCCCCCUUCCCCCAACAGCAGCCUGAACACCCUGCGUCAGCAGCUGAGUGCCGCGCACAUCAUGUCUACCGGUGCCCUCUCCCCAGGCCCUCACUCCAUGACUGGACAAAGCUCCCCCAGUGUGUACUUCGGCAUGUCACGACGAGGCAGUCUGUCCUCACUUGCAGAUGUUGAUAUGGUAAAUAACACUGCCAGAUUUGUGAAGGACACCUCAAAGUACUGGUACAAGCCCAACAUCACCAGAGAAGAAGCUAUUGUCCUACUGAAGGACAAGCAACCAGGAACAUUUGUGAUCCGUGACAGCAAUUCCUUCCCAGGAGCCUUUGGCCUGGCGCUGAAGGUGGCCACUGUCCCUCCCAACGUCCAGACCAAGUCUUCCGGCGAUCCUCAAGCUGACCUCGUGAGGCACUUCCUCAUUGAGCCCACACCCAAGGGUGUUCGUCUACGGGGAUGCAGCAAUGAGCCAGUCUUUGGCAGCCUGGCAGCCCUGGUGUACCAACACUCGAUAACCCCCCUGGCUCUGCCCUGUAAACUCAAUCUACCAGAUGCAGAUUACCUGGGUGAGGUGCAGAGUGCGGAAAGCCCUCGCAGCACAGAAAUGCCAAGUUCUGCUGCUGCUCUGUUAGCACAGGGUGCGGCAUGCAAUGUGAUCUUCAUCAACACGGUGGACAUGGAAUCUCUCACUGGACCUCAGGCCAUAGCUCGGGCUCUCAAGGUCACCACGGAGUCCACCCCCAGCCCUGUCACCACAGUCGUGCACUUUAAGGUGUCCAAUCAGGGCAUCACACUCACGGACAACAACAGGAAAUUGUUCUUCCGUCGUCACUACCCAGUUUCAGCUGUUACCUUCUGUGGCAUGGACCCUGAUGGCAGGAAGUGGAAGCGGGAAACAGAUGUAUCUGGGAUGCAAGCAGAAGUCAAGAUCUUCGGCUUUGUAGCAAGGAAACAGGGUGGAGUGUCUGACAAUUCAUGUCAUUUGUUCGCUGAGCUGGAUCCCGAACAACCCGCUUCAGCCAUCGUCAACUUUGUAACAAAGAUCAUGAUUGGUCAAAGCAAGAUCAAGUCGUAGGAUCUGAUUGGAUAACAGCUGGUUCCAAGAUUCUCUAGCACGAGCUGUGUACUCGCCUUGCUACUCGUCUUUCAUUGCCAUUGGAGGGAAAUUUAUUUGAUAUUACCAUCGCUUGGUUGUUACAUGACUGCUUUGUUAGGCUUGUUUACUGAUGAAGAACAGGUUGUGCAAGGGCAAUUAGCACAUGAAGGAUGCAGGCUUGGUUGUGCAGGUGA